AUGCCGUACCCUCAUGUGCCAACCUAUCGUCCGCCUCAAUAUCCACAGUUUCAGCCUCAAGCAUCGGGACUGGUGCAGAUACCUCCACCACAACAAUAUAGGCCGGGGACCCAAAGGCUUAAUAUUGCUUAUAAAGGAAAGGGAAAAGCACAAGGACAAAUGUAUACCCUGACAGGAGGCAGUUCUGGAGGACAGGCCAGCAACACGAUGGCUGAGGGUAUGAUCAUAAUCUCUGACUCUCUAGCACAUGUAUUGUUUGAUACUGGUGCUACCCAUUCCUUUAUAUCAAGUUCUUUUGUGCAAACCUUAAAACUGAAAUCUAAGAGUUUAGAAACCCCGAUGAUGUUAAACUCCCCAUUGGGUUGUGUGAAGAUAUUUAGCCUCUGUAGAUUGUGUGAAAUCACGAUUGGAGGUGAGCGAUUGAGAGCUGACCUGAUAAUCCUUCCGAUGAGCCUGUUUGACGUGGUACUCAGAAUGGAUUGCAUUGGGGGACGGAGAAACCUGGCAUGCUUUUCUUUCCUUUCUGGUUUAGAAGGUGAACCAGAGGUAACAAGAGAUAAUGCAGGAAUUCCUGUGGUGGAUGAGUUCGUAGAUGUAUUUCCUGUUAAGUUACCUAGUUUACCGCCAGAUCAGGAAAUUGAAUUCAGCAUUGAUCUGAUUCCGGGAACGGCUCCUAUCUCCAUUCUUCCCUACCGAAUGGCACCUGCAUAA